CCACAGCAGAAGCAACCGACCGCCAUGCCCCAGCAAGUGUGGCAUCCUGCUCUAAUGCCCCUGCAGCAGAAGCAACCGACCGCCGUGCCCCAGCAAGUGUGGAAUCCAUUUCAUACACUAAAGAAGCAACCGACCACCGUGCUCCAGCAAGUGUGGCAUCCUGCUCUAAUGCCCCUGCUGCAGAAGCAACUGAACGCAGAGCCCCAGCUGGGGUGGCAUCCUGCUCAGUUUCCCCAGCAGAAGCAACUAGCCCCUAAGCCUCUACUGCAGAAGGAACCAACCACCAUAACCCAGCAACCUCAGCAGGUGUGGCAUCCAGCUCAAAUGUCCAAGAAUCGAACAUCCACUGAACCUCAGCAGCAGAAGCAACCAUCCACCACGCCCCAGCAAGUGUGGCAUCCUGCUCUAAUGCCCCUGCAGCAGAAGCAACCGACCGCCGUGCCCCAGCAAGUGUGGAAUCCAUUUCAUACACUGCAGAAGCAACCGACCACCGUGCCCCAGCAAGUGUGGCAUCCUGCUCUAAUGCCCCUGCAGCAGAAGCAACCGACCGCCGUGCCCCAGCUGGGGUGGCAUCCUGCUCAGUUUCCCCAGCAGAAGCAACUAGCCCCUAAGCCUCUACUGCAGAAGGAACCAACCACCAUAACCCAGCAACCUCAGCAGGUGUGGCAUCCAGCUCAAAUGUCCAACAAUCGAACAUCCACUGAACCUCAGCAGCAAAAGCAACCAUCCACCACGCCCCAGCAAGCGUGGCAUCCAGCUCAAAUUCCCCUGCAUCAGAAGCAACCGGCCCCUGAACCUCAGCAGAAGGAACUGACCGCCAUGCCCCAGCAAAUGUGGUAUCGAGCUAAAAUGCUCCAACAGGAGAAUCAUCUGGCCGCCAUUGUCCAGCAGCCUCCGCUCGUGUGGCAUCAAUCUCCAUUUCCCCAGCAGCAGAAGGAACUGGCCGUCGAGCCCCAGCAGCAGAAGGAACUGGCCGUCGAGCCCCAGCAGCAGAAGGAACUGGCCGCCGAGCCCCAGCAAGUGAGGUAUCCAGCUCAAAUGGCCCAGCAACAACCCAACCCCAUUCCUCAGCAAUUUUGGCAUGUAGCCCAAAUUUCCCAGCAGCAACUGGCCCCAAAUUCUCAGCAGAAGCACUACGAAAGCACUGAAGAUGGUGCCUCUGGUAGUUCUCAGGCCAGCAUUGUUGAACAGUCGGGUGUCAUCCCAAUCUCUUCCUACAGUUUCAAAUCGCACUACAAGAAUGGCAGAACUGGAGUCUCCCAAAUCAGCUACACUCCUAGGGAGGCAAUGCCUGUUGACAGUGGAAAUGCUCCCAAGGACGGUAAUGUUAGCAUUGGUGCACCAAGCAUAUAUCCAACACGAGUGAAGGAUUCUGCAAGGGAAAUAUAAUGGAUUCAUCCUCUAGAAGCUCUAAUGACCAGGAAGUUGCUGGUGUUCUUGCUACUCUAGUGUGAUGGAAUCAAUAAACAAUUUGACUUUAAAAAA